UGGAUACGCUUGUAAAUGCAUGGCCGGGACAACCGGCACACGUUGCGAAACCAACAUGAACGAUUGCGCCAGUGCACCGUGUGGAAAUUCCGGAACAUGCCAUGGCGACGCGGGGACGUUCAGUUGCACAUGUGCACCCGGCUUCACCGGGGCGGCAUGUGAGAUUGCCACGGCAACGACACUCACAGCUGCUCCGGUGUCUACAGGAGCUAUUCCAGCUGUUCUGGUCUCUACAGCGGUGUCUACGGACGUGGACACCUCAUCAACUAGUGGGAGUACACCUCCAACGGACAGUUCUUCACGCUCGCAUGCCAAUACUACCGCAUCCUCUAGUGCCGCACAAUCGCACGCCGUUCCUAUGACAGUAUCGCCGGCAUCCAUCUCCAGAACAAUCCGCACAAGGACACCACCGCCUGCUCCAUCCGCUGCUUCAACCCAACCAGCUGACACAUUUGAAUAUGCUCAUGGCAUACCCACAGCGGUAGCUACGAUGAGAAGACGGCCCGCAUCUACAUCAUUAUCAAGUCAGAAGUCAACCUCCGCCAGCACUGCAUCAAGAAGAGCUUCAGCACCAGCUAGCACUGCAUCAAGAAGAGCUUCAGCACCAGCUAGCACUGCAUCAAGAAGAGCUUCAGCACCAGCUAGCACUGCAUCAAGAAGAGCUUUGGCACCAGCUAGCACUGCAUCAAGAAGAGCUUCAGCACCAGCUAGCACUGCAUCAAGGAGAGCUUCAGCACCAGCUAGCACUGCAUCAAGAAGAGCUUUAGCACCAGCUAGCACUGCAUCUAGAAGAGCUUCAGCACCAGCUAGCACUGCAUCAAGAAGAGCUUCAGCACCAGCUAGCACUGCAUCAAGAAGAGCUUCAGCACCAGCUAGCACUGCAUCAAGAAGAGCUUCAGCACCAGCUAGCACUGCAUCAAGAAGAGCUUCAGCACCAGCUAGCACUGAACCAGAAUCUGGCAACACUGGAAGGAAUCAUGCGCCUGUCAUCAUUGGUGCAGUAAUGGGCGGUGUGGGCCUCUUGUUGCUGACCAUGAGCAUCAUAGUCGUUGCUGUCAUAUUGAGGCAGCGAACAUGCAGCAGCACGCUUGCACACUACACCAGUUUGAGAUGCAGAGAUAGAGAGGCGGUAUUGCCUCUGGAGACAGACAGCAAUGCAUUGAACAGCAAGCGUACCGCACCACAGGGGUCCGCGUACCUGGAAAAUUACAAGGAGCAACGCCCCACCAGAGCGGAUAACGACUACGUCACUUCACCCGAUGCCAUACCUGCACGGUCAGGGAUACUGGUAGUCCGCAAUGCGAGUCCUGUUCCUGGCGACAUGGGGACGUCCAGUCGAAGGUCAUCGGAGCUGCAAACGGAUCUUCGAGCUCAAUCGCGCGACAUUCGAGUGGACUACCCAAAUGAACACCACCGGUCUUCUAGCCAUCAACAAAGCUCUCAAUCAAGGCUCAACUAACGACUAGUAACGUAGGCACUAGUAGUGCGAGAUCACUAACACCGCUAAUAAUUAUGUGCUAAAGGUAUUUGCAUACAUGGUUUUGUGGUACUGUAGUAGAACUGUAGUCAUAGAAUCUGUUCUGCAUCACCUGACGAGAACGCC